UUGCAUACAUGAUACAUGUAUGGAGUGAUUGUUCAAGUUCCACGUAGAGUUUACCUUACAUCACAAGAUAGAGCUAUUUAUGACUAUCAACAGCUGUAUGCAUCUAGAAAAAUCAUUUACAAAUGGCUAAUGACACGUCACUAUUGCAGGGAAGCUUUAUUGGAUCCAUACCUCUCCAAGUAUUCUGUUAUUAUUGUUGAUGAGGCGCACGAGCGAACUAUACACACUGAUGUAUUGCUUGGCUUGUUAAAGAAUGUACAGAAAGCAAGGUCAAAGUGUAUUAGCGAAGCAGUAAAUACUGAUCAUAAUAACUCUAAUAACGGGCAUGCCUCGGAGGGAAGGAUUGACAAUCAGAAUGAUGGUAUUUUGAAGCCAUGUCAAGCGAAAAAGUAUCACCCAUUGAAAUUGAUCAUCAUGUCAGCCAGUCUGGAUGCACGAGUUUUCUCAGAGUACUUUGGUGGUGCAAGAGCUGUUCAUGUUCAGGGACGGCAGUUUCCUGUCGAUAUAUUCUACACCCAUAAGCCAGAGACAGAUUGCAUAGAUGCAGCUUUGAUUACUAUAUUUCAGAUACAUCUAGAGGAGGGUCCUGGUGAUAUACUUGUAUUCCUCACUGGCCAAGAAGAGAUUGAAUCCGUUGAGAGGCUUAUCCAUGAACGCCUCCGACAGUUACCUGAAUGCAAUAGGAAGCUCUUAACUUUUCCCAUAUACUCGUCGCUUCCCUCUGAGAAGCAAAUGAAGGUUUUCAUGCCUUCACCAGCUGGAUAUCGUAAGGUGAUACUGGCAACAAAUAUUGCUGAGACAUCAGUGACAAUACCUGGAAUUAAGUAUGUUGUUGAUCCUGGACUGGUGAAAGCACGAACUUAUGAUCCUAAGAUGGGAGUUGAUUCGUUGAUCAUUGUCACAACGUCUAAAGCUCAAGCUCUGCAAAGGAGUGGACGUGCAGGACGUGAAGGACCUGGGAAAUGCUAUCGCCUCUAUCAAGAAAGUUUCUUUGAGAAACUCACAGAUUCUACAUUACCUGAGAUUAAGAGAUGUGAUCUUUCAAAUGUUGUAUUGCAGCUCAAAGCUCUAGGCAUUGAUGAUGUCAUUAAUUUUGACUUCAUCGAAAAACCAGACAGGACUGCCAUAGUCAACUCACUGUGGUCUCUCUACUUGUUGGGUGCUGUAACAGAAGAGAAUAAACUUUCAGAUGUUGGAUAUCAAAUGGCCAAGCUACCACUUGAUCCAGUCUAUUCUAAGGCUCUCAUUGUUGCUAGCCAAUUCGGCUGCUUGAAAGAAAUGUUGAUCUGCGUUGCGAUGCUCUCAGUGGAAUCUAUAUUCUAUGCUCCACGUGAAAAGUUGGAAGAGUCACGAAAUGCGUUGAAAAGCUUUGCAAGUCCAGAUGGGGAUCAUUUGACUUUGCUUAAUGUAUACCGCGCUGCUGAUGAGUUCUUUCAGAAGAACAAGACGGUAAAUAGUGAAGAAAAGGCUGAAAAGAAUCUUAGAAAAUGGUGCAAGGAUAAUUAUAUAAACAGCCGCUCUCUAAAACACGCUCGUGAUAUCCACAGUCAAAUUCUGAGGAAUGUAGAACAAAUGGGUCUUCGUGUCACGUCUUGUGAAGACGAUAUGCUUCUCUUCCGCAGAUGUCUUGCAGCCUCGUUUUUCCUUAAAGCAGCUAUGAAGCAGCCUGAUGGUGUAUACAGGGUCACAUUAAGUGGUUUGAUAGUGCAAAUACACCCGUCUUCUGUCUUGUUCCGAGCAAAGCCAGAGUGUAUAAUUUUUAAUGAAUUAGUCCAUACUAAUCAUAGUUAUGUUCGCAAUGUUUCAAGAAUCGAUUACUUGUGGCUAAUUGAGCUGGCUCCACACUUGUAUGCCUUGCAAGACUAAAGGUCUUUACUGCCAGAUUAUUUAUAUCGGUAAGAUAUCCGUUCUUUUUCAUUGUCAUAUAUUCUGCCUACUCUGGUGUUCAAGUUGGAAGUAAAGGAGAAGGAAACAUUUGAAGUUCCGACCUUUAGUUUGUUCCAACUUUAUUUAAGCCUCUGGCAUGUAAAUAUUUGACAAGAGUAUGUCUCUGAUGUCGACCGAUUCUCAGUUCCAACAGCCUGAUGAGAUCUGUCUGCGGUAUUGUAUAUGACAUUACAUUUCCUCAUUUGUAUGCUGCGAAAAUCAUCGUCAGUAGACGUUUUUUGCUUUGGAGGGAGACUGUCCGCAAGUGCUAAAUGCAGGAUUGAAGCGAUGAAUACAUAUACGCAGGCGCCAUGUUUAUCUUGACAAGGUUGUUGAAGCUGGAGAAGUGUUCAUGAUCUUUAGCAGACUCUCCAGCUUUUAUUGAUGCAGCGGUGUCGCUGGUUAUCGAUUUUUUCGGGUGGGAACGUCUGAAUACUUGAGCAGAAGCUAGCUUUUUUGGAUCUACUGCUGGAUAAAUACCUUUGGCAGCCAAUCCUCUUGAUAGUACGAUAGUAGCAUCUAUAUGUGCAAAUGUCGUAGCAGGACCAAGGUCGGUCAAAUCGUAUGCGGGUUUUUCUUUCCGUUGAAAAUCGAUCUUACUCUAUCUUUCCUGAGCCGAGGGUCUUCCGGAAACAACCUCUCUACCUUCUUAAAGUAAGGGUAAGGUCUACGUGUACUCUACCCUCCCUAAACCCCAUUAGUGGGAUUACACUGGUCUGUUGUUGAAAAUCGAUUUUACGGUAUAGAUGCUUAUGACCUCCCACUCUAUGCCUUGCGGUAAUGAUUCCUCCGACAUUAGGAUCUUAUGUAACUGCUUUGUAGAGCGCUUUAUCCUUCUUAGUGGUUUGGAUUAGUCGGGCAAGCAAGUUUCAGAUACUUGAUGUCAAAAAAUAGUCUGCAUAUUAGCUGUACUAAUGGAGUUGUAUUGCCAACUUUCAUAUAUUUAUUUAUCUAUAUAACGCAAAAUGUGAAAAUUGUA